AUGGCGCUUGUACAUCGAGUUAAUAUAAAUUUUGGAUUCAUAUUAAAUACAUUUUAUUGUAAAUGUAUAGUAAACAUAAAAAGAUGUAAAACAGACUAUAAUCUUAAAAAUCAGGCAGAUAUCAAGUAUGGUAAAAAUAUGACAUUUGAACAAAUGCUUAAAUUUAGACAAACUCAAGCAAAAAAAUCUAUUUUAGUAAGGGUAGCAGAAAAUUAUAUUAAUGAUUUGGAAAAAUUUUGUACAAAAUAUGUGAAUAUUGAAAAAAUGUUCUUUUAUAAUACAAUAAAUGAUAGAUGUUUUCUAUUAAUAGAAUUAAGAGCAGAGAAAGAUGUGGAAAUUUUUAGAAAUUUAGCUUCAUGUAAAAUAAAUUCAGACUAUGCUCACUCUGUUACACCAUUAUUUUUGUAUAAAACUAAAAAUUUAACAAAUACGUCAAAAAAUUCAACAAUAUUUAAACCUCCUAAUUUCAAUCAAAUUAAAAAAAUAUUAGAAUAUAAAAACUCUAUAUCGGAACAAAUGAUUUCUCUUUACAAUAUGUUAAAAAUUACAGAUUUAGAUACAAGGCUGAGAUUUUUUACUGCUGAACAAAUUUCUUAUUAUUUAUCUAGAUUAUUUACCAAUAUAAAUGUCAUACCAUUUGGAUCUUCUGUUAAUGGUUUUGGUCAAAUAGGAUGUGAUCUUGAUUUAUUAUGUAAAACAUAUGUCUCAAACAUUAUAAAUAAUUCUUCAAAAAAUUUUUUGUACAUGACACAACCUGUCCAUCUUACAGAAAGGAAUGAACAGAAAGAAUUCUUGGAUGCAAUAGGCACAGUAAUAAAAAUUUGUAUUCCUGGUAUUAAUGAUAUAAAAAAAAUUCUUGAAGCACGAGUUCCAAUAAUUAAAUUUUUUAAUCAAAAUACAAAUAUGCAUUGUGAUCUCAGUAGCACAAACGUAGUUGCGCUACAUAUGUCUGAAUUGUUAUAUGGAUAUGGAGAAAUGGAUUCGCGUGUUAAACCACUUAUUUGCACUAUUCGUAAAUGGGCAAGAAAUAUGGAUAUAACAAAGGAAAUUUCAGGGCAUUGGAUCACGAAUUUUUCCCUUACUUUGUUAAUUAUAUUUUAUUUACAAAUAAAAAAUAUAUUACCUUCUUUAAAUGUAAUAAAAUAUUACAUAAAAAAGUCAAAAAAAAAUUGGCAUUCUGAGUGGAAAAAUUCUAUAAAUUAUAAUAAUGACUCUUUAAAUAAUCUCUUAUAUGGAUUUUUCGAAUAUUACAGUAUUUUUGAUUUUAAAAUGCAAGCAAUUUGCAUAAAAGAAGGAAAACUCAAACCGAAACAAGAUUUGUCACCGCUUUAUAUUUAUAAUCCAUUUGACAUAACAUUAAAUGUUAGUAAAAAUAUCACGAUAUUUGAAUUAACGCGUUUGAUAGACCACUUUCGAAAAGCAUUGCAAAUAUUAGUAGAAUCAAAUGAAAGGAAUGCUCUUAUAGAAUUAAUUAAUUUGACAUCAUUGAAGUCGACAGAGAUAAACCAUAUAUACAAUUAUGAAAUUAUAAAAUCAACUAAAAUUGAUGAUAUUAAUAAAGAUAGUAAUAAAUUUAAGCAAAAAAAUUUUUUAAACGAAUCUAUAAACAAAAUUAAUAUUAAUGUUUUAAAAACAAUGGAAAAGAAUAUAAUAAAGUAA